AUGUGUGUAGCAUUUACUGGAUUUAUUGGAUCUCUCAGAGAAAACCAGUGCCUUUUGAAAUUCUAUUAUAUAUCGCUAGCCAUUCUGUUUGUCUGUGAAACAAUCAUCGGAGUAUUUUUCUUCAUUUAUCGAGAGUCGGCUAUGAGCAGGAUUGAAGAAGUUAUUAAAAAGACGUUUAUUUCACAAUACAGAGAAGUAGGCUUUGAAGAUUCUACUAAGUUCGUGGAUUUCAUUCAAGUUGAGUUGCAGUGCUGUGGAGCGAAGAGCUAUAAUGAUUGGACCGAAAAUCGAUAUUUUUCUUGUAAUUCAACGAACUACAGCUCGAAAGCUUGUGGAGUACCUUAUUCUUGUUGCAAACGCAUGAAUAAUAUUAAUCUUCUUGCAAUUCUAUUAGCGAAGGGACUUUACACUCAAAUCGGUGACCAGUUGCGUCUUCUUCACCAUGAAGGUCUCCUUCGCUGA